AUGUUUGUUCAUCGGGUGCUGAAACAAGCCAAGCCAUCUGUCUUUUCUCUAAUCACUUUCUCUGCCAUAGUUUUUCUCAUAUAUGCAGAUACUAUUAGUAUUAUCUACCAUGAUUCCCUAUACUCUGCAGCUAAAACAGAAGCUCCAGAGAAGUUGGAACUUUACAAUCAUAGAACAAUAGAAGCAAUAAGGUCAACACUUGUUCAAAUACCUUUUCGUUCCAUUCAAGAGAAGGAUGAAGCUGAGAGGCGAAACCAUUAUAGUCUGGUUGCCCCAUUCAAUGCCACAGAAGAAGAAAGAAUAGCUUGGUUUCGAGAACAUCUGCAUCACUUCAAGAUCCUCAAGUCAAACAACUUGACCCGACAGUUUCAUGCUCGAGUUGUGAAAUUUUUUGGCCACAAAUGCAAGGCUAAAUUUUUCAUGACUUGGAUUUCACCAGCAAGUUUGUUUGGAGGGAGAGAAUUGCUGUCUGUGGAAAGCAUUUUCAAGAACCAUCCCAAGGCAUGUCUGUUAAUUCUAUCAAGAACUUUGGACACCAGACAUGGCUACAGGAUCCUGAAACCGCUGCAUGAUCGCAGGUUCAAAGUGCAAGCAAUGGCCCCAGACUUGUCAUUUUUGGUCAAGAAGACCCCAGCGGAAUCUUGGUUUCAUGAGCUAAAGAAGGGUAGAAAGGAUCCUGGUGAGAUUCCGUUAUCUCAGAAUCUAUCUAAUCUGAUAAGACUUGCAGUUCUCUACAAAUAUGGCGGUAUAUACAUAGAUACAGAUUUUAUAAUUAUGAAACCCUUAACAGGGCUAAGGAAUUGUAUUGGUGCACAGAGCAUGAGUUUGGGUUCUAAGCAUUGGACCAGAUUAAAUAAUGCAGUUCUGAUUUUUGAUAUGAGACAUCCACUUCUGCAUAAAUUCAUCAGUGAAUUUGCAUUGACUUUUGAUGGAAACAAAUGGGGGCAUAACGGUCCCUACCUGGUUUCAAGAGUGAUUGAGAGACUGAGGAAAAGACAUGAUUUCAACUUUACAAUCUUGCCUCCUGUGGCGUUUUAUCCAGUAGACUGGAACAAGAUAACUGGGUUUUUUACAAAACCAAAAACACUAAGCGAAUCAAGAUGGGUAGAAGCCAAACUGCUUCAGCUCAGAGGGAAGAACACUUAUGGGAUUCAUUUAUGGAACAAACGUAGUAGCAGAUUGACAAUUGAAGAAGGAAGUGUCAUUGGAAGACUUAUAUCAAAUUAUAGUGUCAUUUGCAAACAUUAG